ACACCAAUUUCAUCAGACAUCAAUGGCUAUUUUGCCUUAAAAUCUACGGCUUUUGAAGGUUUUGAAGGCAAAUGAGAUCUUCAGGAAUUUUUUUGAUCUUAUUUUUCUCUGUUUUUCUCACAUAUCUUCCUUCUGCUGCCGAUGCUGACUUCCGUUUUAAAUGUGGUGAAAAUGGCAAAUACACGGCCAACAGUACAUUCGGGACCAAUCUCAACCUUCUGUUUUCACAGCUAUCCGCCACGGCAGAUUUCAAUUAUGGGUUCUACAAUUUGUCCGUCGGUCAGAGCCCUGACCAGGUCAACGCAAUCGGACUCUGCAGGGGGGACCAAAAGGAGGACGCUUGCAGAAGUUGCCUCAACGAGACCAUCUCUGAGCUUGUGCAGCAAUGUUCCAAUUGCAAAGAGGCGAUCGGAUGGUCAGAAUUCUGUACGUUACACUACUCAAGUCAACAACUCUUUGGAUCCAUGGAAUCCAGUUCUCCCUUUAUACUUUGGAAUCCUAACAAUGCAUCGGAUCCACCGCCGCCACCGUCUUUACCUUCUCCAGCACAAGGAAAUGGAAAUGAGAGCAACACAACUCGAACAAUCAUCAUCACCGUUGUUGCUUCGAUUGUCAGCAUUCUGUCAAUUUUCCUCUGUAUUUGGAUCUGUACAAGACUCAGAAAGCCGAGGGAAAUUAUCGAAACUGUAGAAGCAGAUGAAAUAAUCGAGGCUGAGUUUUUGCAACAUGACUUAGCCACUGUUCGGGCCGCAACUAAUAACUUCUGUGAUGAAAAUAAACUUGGACAGGGAGGAUUCGGAGCAGUUUACAAGGGCAAGCUUCCAAAUGGACAAGAAGUAGCUGUCAAAAGGUUAUGUAGUGGUUCUGGACAAGGAGAUUUAGAAUUCAAGAAUGAGGUACUCUUAGUGGCCAAACUUCAACACCGGAAUUUGGUCAGACUCCUUGGUUUCUGCUUGGAAAGAGAUGAAAGACUUCUCAUCUACGAAUUCGUGCCAAACACAAGCCUCGAUCACUUCAUUUUUGAUCCAAUCAAGCGUGCACAACUAGAUUGGGAAAGCCGUUCCAAGAUCAUCAGAGGCAUAGCUCGUGGCCUCCUUUACUUGCAUGAGGAUUCUCACCUUCGAAUAAUUCAUCGCGAUCUCAAAGCAAGUAACAUUUUAUUAGAUAAAGAUAUGAACUCUAAAAUUGCAGAUUUUGGCAUAGCAAGGCUAUUUGUAACAGAUGAAACACAAGGCAAUACCAGUAGAAUUGCGGGAACUUAUGGAUACAUGGCUCCAGAGUAUGCAAUGUAUGGGCAAUUCUCAAUAAAGUCAGAUGUCUUCAGUUUUGGUGUGUUACUUCUAGAAAUUGUUAGUGGUCAGAAAAAUAAUUGUUUUCAAAAUGGGGAGAACGUAGAAGACCUACUAAGUUACGCCUGGAAGAACUGGAGGGGAGAGACAGGAUUAAACCUCAUAGAUCCAACUUUCAGGAAUAGUUCAACCGCAGAAAUGAUGAGAUGCAUCCAUAUUGGUUUACUAUGUGUUCAAGAAAAUGUUGCUGACAGACCAAACAUGGCUCCAGUUGUUCUCAUGCUUAGUAGCAAUUCAACCAGUCUCCCAAUGCCCUCUCAACCUUCAUUUUUUAUGCACAGCAUCAUUGCAUCAGAGAUGUCAUCCUCAGCUGGCAACAAUUCGUCAGUAUCAGACUUGAAGAAAUCAAAGGAAGAACCACUCCCCUUGACAAAUAAUGAUGUUUCAAUCACAGAACUAUAUCCUCGAUAGGUUUGGAGAUUCAAAGCUACAAUUAGAUUUAAAUUAUCAACUCAGUUUAGAAUAAUGCUAGAAUUCAUUAGAUGCACUGAUAUCUAACACUGGUUCUUUCUUAUAAGCAAAACUACUUCCAUGCAAUGAAAUUCAGUGUAGAAUUUGAUUCAUGUACUGGUUUCCUUCUUUUAUAAUUUGAUACUGUGUGUAAUUUGGCAUUGGUUUCUUUUUUGUAAGCAAAAUUACUUAAAUUUACUGAUUCACUGUAACAUUUUAGAUCGUCUUGGCUUAUUUGAUCUCAAUCAAAUUGACUUGUGUAA